AUGACCUCGGACACUCUGCUACAUCGCCCAACCGAGGCUCUCAUCCUUCCGACCAAGCGACGCUUCUUCCCGUUCAAGAUCCCCAACUUUCACACACAGCUUCGCAACUACAUUAGUACUGCUGACCCCGAUCGCAUUUAUGUCGUCGUCGAGAGAAUCGUGUAUUCAAUACACAUAUCGGUACAAAAGCGCGAGAGUGUAGCGGUGAUCCCAUUUGAACCGCGCUGUCUGGUCGCUGGACACGGUUGGAUAGUAGUGGGGGGCCCGGAAAAUGGCGAAUGUGCUUUCAUUCGCAUCGGUGAUGGCGGAAUGCAGGUCCAUGGCGAUGCGCCCUUCCAGACUGAUGUAGAUAUUGCGCUGCCCCCCGAUCUCGACCCACCGUCAGGCAUGACUUCGGGCGAUUUUAAUGGUGAAUAUGCGUCAACCCGCUAUCGAAGCAGCAGAUCAUCCCCCGAAGUAGAGCUCCACAGGUUUGGUGGGAGCAUUGUCAAUUCAGUGACCAUCCAUCGUUUCUAUGGUGGCAGCGAGGACUUAGCGGAUGAAGAUAUCGUGGUUCUGAGCAAUAAUGAUCGGACAGUCACCGUGUAUUCACUGACUCGCGCGAAAGUCUUGAAGGUCCUUCAUCAUCCGACUUGUAUGAACUAUGCGACAAUUUCCCCGGAUUCUAAACUGCUCACGGCAGUAGGGGAUGAGAACCACGCCUACUUUUAUGAAAUCACUCGUGAUUUGGAAUCAUCUGGGACAACUGAAUCUGGAGAGAAGCUCACGGGGUGGGAAUGGGAGCUUAUCAAUCGUCUGGAGAUGAACAUUGGUCUGCGCGCGGAUGAUGCGUGCUGCUUCACUGUCGCUUUCUCGCCAUCCAGUCGCUUGUGCGCCAUCGGAUCCCAAUCUGGAAUUAUCACAAUCAUCGACGUCGAGACCAUCUACAAGAACUUUGGCGACUCCGAAGACGACUCCGCUGUUCUUUGUCAAUUCCCGGCGUCAAGAUCAUGCGCCGAGGGCGGUGCCGUUCGUUGUUUGGCAUUUUCGCCGGAGCCAUGGGACCUUCUUGUAUGGCUGGAGGGCCACGGCAGAGCCGGUGUGGCCGACGUUCGCCAACAUUUUAUGCGCAGGCAAAUCCUCCAUUUGGAUUCUGAUGAUCCACAAUUGGAGGAAGUGUACACGGACUUUUCGACAGAGAACCUUGAACGGCACCCGCUGGGAGAUGAUCUUCUGGAGACGCCACCACGAGUGAGACUCGACAACGAAGAUUUUCCGAUGGAACGGAACGGGGAGCAAACGGAGCGUUCGUCUCUGCGAGAGUCUUUGAUUCAAGAUCUUACCGAGAGAGAAAGGUUGAUUAUGGAGUUUUUGAACACAGCACGCUGGACAUCGCGGCUGGAAGAAGGACUUACUGAACGACCAGAGCGCCCGGCUAGGGCAAACUUUCCACCUCAAUUAGUGGAUCGGCCGCAAAAUCACGGUUCCACAGAUGGUACCACUCGCACUCAUCGUCCUACUUCGCCGCUGCAUCGCUAUGAUUCUUCUGAUGACUCCCGAGAUAGCCAUCUGGGCCGCACUGUAUCCAAUCCAAGACGCCAGGGCUCGGUGGUGGUAUCUCAAGGGAGUCGACCUUCGGAAGCGCCGUCCUCACACCAUGAUCGCCAAUCGGGCAUCACGCUCAGUUAUUCCACCUCACAUUCAGAGCUUACACCCCUUAGGUCGGAAAUUUCGGAAAUUAUAUAUCGGGGUGGUGCGGAUCCUGAAGCGGCCAACAACGAAACUAGCUUUCCAACUGAAGCGACUGGACCUUCUAAUCCAAGUCUAGACAUGCAGGGCUUGAACCACCGAUCCCAGCGAUCAAGCUCCAUUCCCCGACGCAUCGAACGAUCACAAACUGGAGCGGAAAGAAGAUAUGAUACUUCACGCCUCACCACAUAUGAGAUUCGUGCCAAUGUCGCUGCUGAGCGGCUUCGGCGUCAGCGCCAGAUUGCCAAUGAGGUACACAACCGCUCAUUUGAAAGGGAACAACGGCAUCGCCAACAGCUUCUUGGGUUUGAGCAGACACAUUCUCCCCGCUGGAUCAGAAACAUAAUCAACGACCUCCCCGAUCGAAAUUCAAUCAAUGGCUGCGGCGCCGAGGAGCCAGGUUCUACUGCUGGAGUCGGCUGGGGCGCUGAUGGGCGCACAUUGUACAUCGCCACACUGGAGGGAAUCUUUGAAUUCCCACUGAACAUUCACGAUCGAAAAACAUUCCCUAUUUUCUCUUGCCGUUAA